UAAAAGGAAAUCCUUUUGAGCGUUGUAGUGCCAAAGCAGAAAAUCCUGAGAAGCAUAUACUAGCUAGUGCUUCAAAAUAUUUCUACUUCUCUGUAAGAAUGGCAUCAAGUUCAUCAAGCUUAGUACUAUUCUUCUUGUCAGUGAUUUUAACACUGCUUUUGGGUUCUGAUGCUGGUGGAAUAGCAAUCUAUUGGGGUCAGAAUGGAAAUGAAGGGACCUUGGCUGAGACUUGUGCCACAGGAAACUAUCAAUUUGUAAACUUAGCUUUCUUGCCCACUUUUGGCAACGGUCAGACUCCUAUGCUUAACCUCGCUGGCCAUUGUGAUCCAUACAGCAAUGGCUGUACAGGCUUAAGCUCUGACAUCAAAUCAUGUCAAGCCAAAGACAUCAAGGUGAUGCUUUCUAUUGGAGGAGGAGCUGGGAGUUAUUAUCUUGCAUCUACUGAGGAUGCUAGACAGGUUGCCACUUACCUUUGGAAUAACUUCUUGGGGGGUCAUUCGUCGUCUCGACCACUUGGACCAGCUGUUCUAGAUGGGAUUGAUUUUGACAUUGAAGGAGGAACAAACCAACACUGGGACGAUCUUGCAAGGUUCCUUUCAGCAUACGGCAAGAAAGGAAAAAAAGUAUACUUGACUGCAGCUCCCCAGUGCCCAUUUCCUGAUGCAUGGAUAGGGAAUGCCCUUAAGACACGUCUUUUUGACUAUGUUUGGGUCCAAUUCUACAACAACCCUCCCUGCCAAUACUCCCCUGGAAAUAUUACCAAUCUUGAAGAUGCAUGGAAGCAAUGGACUUCGGAUAUCCCAGCUAACAAGAUUUUCUUGGGAUUACCUGCUGCUCCUGAUGCAGCUGGUAGUGGUUUCAUCCCUGUAGCUUAUCUCACUUCAAAAGUCCUUCCACCAAUGAAGGGUUCUGCUAAGUAUGGAGGGGUUAUGCUGUGGUCCAAGUAUUACGACGAUCAAACCGGUUACAGCAAGGCCAUCAAAGGCUCUAUCUAAGCUUUACUGUUUGUAUGCAGAUGUAUCUCUAUGGAAGUCCUACGUAAAUAAGUCCAGAAUUGUGUGUAAUAUUUGUUUAUGAUCGAUCUUUCUUUGCUUUUCUAUUGUUACUCUCAAUGUAUUUAUAUUAUGUCUAAUAUAUUGUUUCAUCUUCUUUAUCUCAUUGUUGUUCUUGGGCAGAAUUCAUACCCAUUGUAAAUUCA